AUGGCAGAUAUUCUGGAGCUGCGGACAGAUGGAAACUCACUCCUGAAGGCAGUAUGCCUCAGACGCUUGAGACUGACCAGGCUCCUGUUGGAGGGAGGUGCAUAUAUCAACGAGAGCAAUGAGCGUGGAGAGACGCCACUUAUGGUGGCCUGCAUGUCCACACACACUGACCAGCAGAGUGUAAGCAAGUUGAAGCUGGUGAAAUAUUUGCUGGACAACCAGGCAGACCCCAACAUACAGGACAAGGGAGGUAAGACAGCCCUGAUGCAUGCAUGCAUCCACAAGGCAGGACACGAAGUGGUGGAUCACCUGCUGAGCAAUGGAGCUGAUCCCAGUCUGGAAGACAGGAGUGGGGCCUCUGCUCUGGUCUACGCCAUCAAUGCAAAUGAUAAGCAGACACUAAAACUGCUCUUGGAUGCAUGCAAAGCUAAAGGCAAGGAGGUCAUCAUAAUCACCACAGACAAGUCACCAUUUGGCACUAAAACCACCAAGCAGUACCUAAAUGUCCCCCCAUCACCAGAGCUGGAUGAAAGGUCCUCCCCGUCAUACUGCGCCUCUCCUUCUGAUAUUGAUGUUACUGCAUCUCCCACACCUGAGCAAGAGCAACAAAACACAGUUUUCAGUUUCCAGACAAAGCUGAAAACUUCCAGUUCAGCUGCAAAACUCGCCAACGGGCCCACAUCUCCAACACGACGGCCUGUAAACCCCAAGCGUGCACGUUUACCUCAGCUGAAGCGGCUGCAGUCAGAGCCUUGGGGGUUGAUUGCUCCAUCUGUCCUGGCUGCAGCUGCCGCCCAUGAGGAGAGCAAGAAAGCCAGCUCUGAUGAGGACGUUGUUGCAGGUGUAAAUGGACUCUCUCUGAGUAAGAGGUCAGCUUUAUCUCGACAGAACAGUGUGGAUGGCAAGGACAGCCUAUUCCCACUAGUGGGUGAGCAACCCUGCAAAAUGACAACCUCACUAUCAGUUCCACCAACAUCUAAAGCAUCAUAUGAGAGAUCUCUAGGCCAGCACCAGCCGCUGGCACGGCGCAGCACUGUGCCCACAGAGCAGGAGAGCAGCAGCUGCUGCAGUGGAUUAGCCAGUCUGAGAGACACAGUGCACAGGAGACGUCUGGGGAAUGAUCACUAUGACUCAGACUCACAGCUCUAUUCAGACUCUGGCAUGUUCGACUCUCCUAAGGUCCCAGUGGAGCGAAGGAAACUAAACACUUCUCCUCUAGCAAUGUUGACCAGCUCCAGAGAAUCUCUUGACAGCAACACCAGCACAUCCUCUCCCAGCACAGCACGCAGGCGUGCACCUGGCCUCCUGGAAAGGAGGGGCUCGGGCACCCUGCUGCUAGAUCACAUCUCCCAUACCAGGCCUGGCCACCUUCCCCCUCUCAACAUUAACCCCAACCCUCCCAUCCCUGACAUUGGGGCUAGUAGCAAGCCUUCCUCACCUCUGGCCACAGGUAUUAGAUCUAUAGCUCCAGUAGCACCAAACACACCAAAGAGAGGCGGCCUCAAGUCCAAGAAGAAGCUCGUGAGAAGGCACUCUAUGCAAGUGGAGCAGAUGAAACAGCUUUCUGAUUUUGAUGAGCUGGCUCAUUAG